GCAGCUCUGCAGGCACACAAGUUUGAAUGUGGGCUGGUUGGCCAGGCUGGCAGGGCACAGGAUAGUUUCCCAAAGGGAUUCUCGACCAGACAAGUUCAAUGGCAGCCUCUCCUGAGGCUACAUGACUUUCUGUCUUUGAGGUUUGAGCUUGUUCCCCUGGGUGGUCCUCCUGUAAACAACUUGACUUGGGAAAGAUGCUUUCGUGAACCAGAAAGGCUUCUUCUCUUUACAAAUGUCAUUUCCCUGCAGUUGCCAUUGGAAUGGCUCCACAAGGAAAUGAGGACAAGCAGCAGAGACCAAGAGUUGGAGCAGGACUCGAGAAUAUGGGCAAUACCUGCUUCCUCAAUGCUGUCCUCCAGUGCCUCACGUACACCCCAUCUCUGGCAGACUACCUGCUCUCUCGGGAGCACAGCCAGUCCUGUGUUCAACCAGGCAACUGUGUGAUGUGCAGAGUGCAGGAGCACGUGUGUAAGGUCCUGCAUGCCACAGGAUCUGCCAUUGUGCCUGUGGACAUCAUCACUGCUCUCCCAGAAAUCGGAGAACAUUUCAAGCUCGGCGUGCAGGAGGACGCCCACGAGUUCUUGCGCUGCACUCUGGACGCCAUGCAGAGAGCUUGUCUGUGUGACGGCAGCUUGGACACGUCUUGUCAGCAGACCGUCAUCCAUCAGAUAUUUGGGAGCUUUCUGAGAUCCAGAGGUACUUUUCCACAACUCUCCUCUCCCUGGGACUGGCUGUGCCCUUCCCUCUGCCUGUGGGAAGCAGCUGUGUGUGUGACUGGCGCAGGAGGGAUGAGCAGCGUAAGCGGCACAUUCGGUCGCCUUCCCCUCUCGCUGAGCUUUCCAACUUCCCUUCCAGUCUGCUGCUCAAGCUGCCAAAUGGUUUCUGAUGCCUACGAUCCCUUCCUGGAUGUCCUUCUGGAUAUAAAAGCAGCGGCAUCUCUUUCUGAAGCUCUUGAUACAUUUGUGAAACCCGAGCUGCUGGAUGCCAGAAGCGGCUUUAGAUGUCGCCACUGUGGCCAGGUGACUGCUGCCUCCAAGAGGCUGACGAUUCACUGGGCACCCCAGGUUCUCACAGUGGGACUCAAGAGGUUUGAGGAUGUCUCUGGUGGGAAGAUCACCAAGGUUGUGAAGUAUCCCAAGGUCUUGGAUCUUGGGCCAUACACAACAGCAGGAGAAGCGCAGCACUACUCCUUGUACGCUGUGCUGGUGCACAAAGGAGAGAGCUGUUACUUGGGACACUAUUUCUGCUACAUCAAGGCCAGUGAUGGGCUGUGGUACGAGAUGGAUGACUCAUCUGUGACUCCUUGUGAUGUUAACACAGCUCUGCAGCAGGAAGCCUAUUUACUGUUUUAUGACAGGAUUGAGCAGAGUUCCGGGAGCCAGCUCCCACUGGCCUGGGUGGAGGAUGAGGAGGAAGACAUCAGUCUCCCCAUCCCGAACAAGGUGGCCCAGCUGCAGGAGACAAAUUCCUGCUAUUCAUCUGGGAAGAAGGAAGAGGGCCAGAAGAUGGUUGAGGAUGCUCCAGAAGACUUAGGAGAGGUACCUACAGAGACUGCCACCUGCCUUGUGCCUGUUGCACCUGCCCCCACGCUCAAAGAUGCCUUCCCAGACAGCUGCCCUAAAAAAACAAAAAACAAAAAACCACAAAACAGCAGAGUCCUGUGA